AUGAAAACUUUGCGAUUCAAUCAGGAUGGGUCAAGCCUUGCAAUUGGAUCAGAUAAUGGUCAAUAUAAAGUUUACAAUUGUGACCCCUUUGGCGUCUGCUAUGAACCUGAAAUUAUGCAAAAUGAUCAAAUAGGAAGAGUAGAUAGUAGCGGAUCUAAGGAUUUAAAAAAUGAUGGGUACGUAUUAGUAGAAAUGCUAUUUGCAACGUCACUAGUAGCUACUGUACGAGCAACAGAAAUGCCUGAGAUCGAAACUAAGCGUUUAAAGAUUGUCAAUACAAAAAGGCAUAGCAUUAUAUGUGAACUAGUAUUUCCAUCAGCUAUUGUUGAUGUUUUAAUGAAUCGUAAACGAUUAUGUGUUUUAUUAGAAGCUGGACAUAUAUAUAUAUAUGACAUAUCAUGCAUGAAACAAUUAGAUGUAAUAGAUACAGGAUCUACAGCAGAGACUACAGAUCGUCGCAGAGCAAGAAUGAGUCUAAGCACAGAUGACUGUAGUAUACUCUGCUAUUCAAGACCAAAUAAUUCUAAUUCUUCUUCAGGCGGGGUAGAUGCAACUCCGGAGGUAUCGCAACCUUAUAGAGAUAUAGUGGUAUAUGAUGCCUUAGAGUGUAAGCCUAUAAAUUAUUUGCAUAAUUUGCAUGUAGGCAGUAUAGCUGCAUUAACCGUAUCAACAGAUGGUAAAAUAUUAGCAACAGCAAGUAAUAAGGGUACUGUGGUUCGUGUUUUUUCAACAGAAAGUAGCGAUGAAAAUAAUUCUCAAUCUGGUUCAAUAUUGUAUGAAUUUAGAAGAGGUACCAAGCCUUGUAAGAUUCACCAAUUGCUAUUUAAUAAAGAAUCUACACUAUUGGGCUGUGUAGGAAAUACAGAUACAAUCCACUUGUUUAAACUGGACGAUCUAGAUACAGCUAAUCCAACUGCAGUACAAAUGCAUGACAGCGAACCAUUAGAAGAUUCAUCUGAAAUUAAUAACCACUCAAAUAACUCAAAUAAUACUGCUACUGUGAGUAAUACAACUAUACAGGGUAAAAAACUAAUAUCAUAUUUUUCACAUAAGAUCAAAAAAACGAUAUCGAAUCAAAAUAUGUCUAGAGAUUUCGCACAUAUUUCAACUUCAAGCAAUAGUGAAGGUGAGAAUUCUCCCACUCCAGUUCAAAAUAGUAAAUCUGGCCAUAAUAAUUCAAAUGCAGUCAAAAAUACUUCAUCAAAAGAUAUUAACAAUUAUAAUAAAAACUCUGGUGCAAGAUAUAUAAUAGGCUUUCCCCAAGAAUUUAAUAAUCAAAUAUAUGUAGCAGGUGAUAAUGGCUCCUUCGAUGUGUUUUCUCUGCCGAAAAAUGGGGGUAAAUGUGUUCUAGCAAAGAGUAAUCGUUGGAGCGUAUAA